GCACGUGCAUCCGUACACUGUAUUUUACGCGCAUGUACAUUAAAUUGACCGUCCAUGGUUGUGGAAGUGUAUACCCAACUGUUAAUAUAGUCACCAAUUUCUCCUGAAAACAGACAUAAUGUGGUGGCCUUUUCUUCUGGUCAUAGCAGGAAUGGUGCAUCAUAUAUAUUGUACAGAUACCUUUGUUAUAGAAGUGUCACAUACAUGUGCUAAAACUCUAACAGGUGGAAGUGUUGAUAUUGUUACUGAUGCAUCAUUAACACCUACCCUAUAUUGUAAAGAUGGCUUUAAUAAAACGUUAAAAUCACAUGAUCUUGGACAUUAUUAUGGUAAUGCAUAUUUUAGAGGAAACUCUAGCAAGGAAUGUAUAUUUGUAAAAAAGAAGAAUGCUAACAUCUUUACAUUAAAGCUGUUUGUUAUAUGGGGUAAUACUGAUAUAUUGGUUACACAUGAAAAAGAAUACAUCAUCACAUGUACCUAUGAUGAGAAUGGUAACAGAAUUGGAAGCGAACAUGAAGUAGUACGAGUGUUCGCCGGCAGAGAGAAUCAGAAAAAUAUGGGUGCUAAAAGCCGAUCUAAAAUCGAUCUUAAUAUCGUUGAUGUUAGAGGUAAACCAUUAAUAUCCAAUAUUUUCAGAGGAAAAAUCAUACAGUUGAGGGCCACAUUUGAAGAACAAAGUAAAAGUAUAAAGGUUGUAUCAUGUGAUGCUGUAUCUAACUCUGGUUUAAAACAUGCAGUCUUAAGAGGAGGGUGUGGAGAUGGUACCGUGUUUAAGUUAAAUCAAGGUUUUACAACGAUUGGCAAUGAAAUAAAGAGUCCAUAUUUUCCUGCCUUCCGUUUGCAGACCGGCAACCAGCUUUCAUUCCGAUGUAAUUUUACAGUAUGUAGCGGUAAAUGUGAAGGGUCGAGUUGUGUGAAUAUUCAAAAGAGAUCUCUGAAACGAGAGGAGAAAAUGUUUAGUAUCGAAACUGUACAAAUUGAGAUGAGAUCUUAUUCUUCAGAUACCGCCAAUGCUAUUGCACCGGAUGGUGAACCACCUAGAUAUUAUAUAUAUUUCGGCAUGCUUAUAUUUUUGCUAUCCUUUGUUGUGUUUCUGAUUAUUGUAAUGUCGGCACUCUGAAAGUCUUGGUAAUAAAAGAAGUCCAAUAUCAAA